AUGAACGAGGAUACAAAGCCAUGGGGCUAUGAAUGGCGCUCAUCUCGACGGCUGGUUGUUUCGUCUAUCACGGUGGCAUUAUUCACAGAGACAUUUCUCUACGGAUUUCUUACUCCGAUCCUGAGUUAUAUGCUUGAAGAACGACUCCAUCUUGAUCCAUCCCAAACUCAGACAUACACCACAGCAUUGCUCACCACCCAUGGGUUCAUUGGUCUAAUCUCGGCUCCCAUGGUCGCUCACCUUGCAGAGAAGACGCCGAGCCAAAAGAAACCACUAUUGAUCGCUCUGGCAGGAUGCUUUCUGGGAACCCUUCUCAUUGCUCUCGCCCCAAGUGUGUGGCUGCUCUUCGCUGGUCGCAUCCUGCAAUCCAUGGCGGGUACCGCCACUUGGGUCGUUGGAUUUGCUCUUUUGGCAAAUAAUGUGGACAAGAAACACCUCGGGCAGUCGAUGGGGAUGGCCAUGUCAUUUGUAACUGCCGGAAUGGUCGGCGGACCAACUGUGAGUGGCGCAAUUCUCCAGGUAUUUGGCUACUGGGCCGCCUGGUCACUGCCAUUGGUAGUACUGGUCUUGGAUAUAGUUGCCCGCCUGGUUAUGAUUGAGCCGGGCCUCGGAGCAAAGAAAAUCAACCCUUUGAGCAAACCUGCGGGCAAGUCAGUGCUCGGCACUGACGGGAGCCCAGAGGAAUUGACUGCUCUGCUGUCUGAUACAUCGUCUACCAUCGAGUCGAAUGACUGUGGAGAAGAGACCAAGCACGACCUCAAGCAUGAGUACUACAGAAUAAUGCUCUCUGAUCCACGUGUUUUGACUUCGUUGGCCAACGUUGUCGUUGUCUCCUCUCUCAUGUCGGGCAUUAACAACACUCUCCCUGUUCACCUAAGACAAGCAUUCGGUUGGAAGAGUUUACUCGUUAGCAUGAUGUUCUUCUGUCUCCAAGUCCCGAAUAUCGUUCUCAGCGGCCCAUCUGGAUGGCUUCGUGAUCGAAUCGGAAUACGGGGACCUACCGUUUUCGGUUGGCUAGCGAUGAUCCCUUUAAUCCUAAUUCUAGGGAUUCCCGGCGACUCCCACUUCCCAUGGGCUCGAGAAGAUACCGCUGGCAAGUCAAUCUUUACCAGCAGUUUGAUUGCGUUGGGUAGCAUUCUACCUCUUGUGCGCGGUGCAGGAGCCGUGCAACUGGCCUGUGAGGAAUUCCAUUUUGUUUUGUGGUAUCCAAUCCCCGGCUAA